AAUUAACAGGAAAGAUUAAUUCUCGUCGAAGCUGGUUGCGAUGGCGUCCUCUUCCUCUCGGACUCGCCUUUGGAAGUACGAUGUGUUCCUGAGCUUUCGAGGACCAGACACUCGGAAAAACAUUGUCAGCCAUAUAUACUCGGCACUCCGUAACAAAGGAAUCUUUACUUUCAAAGACGACCGGACGCUGGAGAAAGGAAACUCGAUUCCAGACGAACUCGUAACAGCCAUCCAGACCUCACGGUUCGCCCUAGUUGUCAUCUCAGAAAAUUACGCCGCUUCGACUUGGUGCUUGGAGGAGCUCCGGAUGAUAAUGGAACUUCAGGCGGUGGAAGGUGGCAUCAGCGUGGUCCCAAUCUUCUUUGGAGUUGCGCCAUGUGACGUCAGACAUCAGACAAAAAGUUUUGCGACUGCGUUUGCUAGCAUGGUAAGACCCGAAACGUAUGCGAAGGUUCCUAGAUGGAGAACAGCUCUUACCCAAGUAGCAAAUCUCUCAGGCUUCGACUCCAGUGUAUGUGUGGACGACGCAACAAUGGUUGAAGACGUUGUCCGACAUCUAUUAGACGGUCUGUUCCCUGCGCACACUCCAGACGAGGAUGUUGUUGGGAUGAGCAGACACAUGGAAGGCUUAGCUUCUCUCUUGGAAAUGGAAUCAGAGGAAGAGGUUCGUUUUGUAGGAAUUUCGGGAAUGGGGGGAGUAGGCAAAACCACCAUUGCCAAGUAUCUCUAUAACCGGUUUUCACGUCAGUUCCCAGUUCGUUGUUUCAUAGACGGCGUCGCUAAGGAUUACAAGGAGCAGGGUCUCCCUUACCUGCGGAAAAAGUUCCUCUCCCAAAUCUUCCGUGAUGAACAUGUAACUCUUGGAAGUGUGGUAGCAGGAUCGGAUGAAAUAAAGUCGAGACUCUGGCACCAAAAGGUGUUUGCUGUGCUUGAUGAUGUGGAUCAAGUGGAGCAGUUACAUGGCUUGGCAAAAGAGCCAACCUGGUUUGGUUCAGGGAGCCGCAUCAUCAUACUUACACGAGACAAGGGUCUACUCGAUACCUGCGGAGUUACAAACGUGUACCACGUCAAGUGCUUGGACCAAGACGAUGCGCUCAAGAUGUUUAAACAUAUUUCUUUUGGAGGAGGACCUUGUCCCGAUGGUUUUGAGAAACUCUUGAUCAGAGCUUCUCGGCUUGCUCAUGGCCUUCCUUUCGCACUUCACUCUUACAGUUUGCAUCUGCACAGAAAGACAGCAGAAGAAUGGGAAAAAGCAUUGUUAGAAUAUGAAAAAUCUCCUCACAAGAACAUAUUCCAUAUCUUUAGAAGCAGCUACGAAGGCCUAGUCCCACGGGAUAAGAUUGCUUUCCUUCAUGUAGCAUGUCUUUUUAACGGACACCAUUUCCUGCGCGCAAGUAGCCUUCUUGAUGAUAGUGAAUGUAGGAUAAAAAACUUAGUAGAGAAAUCUCUUGUUGACAUAUCAGCUCAAGGAUGCAUAAACAUGCAUGUUCUGGUCGAAGAAAUGGGAAGAGAACUCGUGCUUGAAGAAUCCGAUCAUAUCCCACAGAGACAAAGAAUCUUGUGGGGAAAUGAUGUUUAUGAUGUCCUUCUCCUCAACAUGGGUACACAAAGAAUUGAAGGCCUGGCGCUAGACACGUAUGAGAUCCCUGGUGUGUUGCGUAUUCUGCGCAGUAGUUAUGAUUCGAUGCCUUAUCUGAAGUAUCUCAACUUCUACACCCGUUUGGAUUAUCAAAAACUGGAGCUCUUUCCACAUGUAGCCUCACUUCCUCGCAUGCUUAGGUUACUACGUUGGGAUGCCUAUCCGUUAACAAGCUUGCCUUCUUUCCCACGCGGUCUCAUUGAACUCACUCUGCAUCGCAGCAAUCUUCAGAACCUCUGCAUCAGUAAUCUGUACCUUAACAAACUCAGGAGACUAGAUGUGAGUGGAUCUAAGCAUCUAAUAGACCUUCUAGACCUUUCAGCGGCUACGGAGCUCGAGGAGUUGGUUGCUGAAGGCUGCAUGAGGCUUAGGCUAAUUGGGUUGUGGUCCACUAGAAGGAGAUAUUCUCUGAGAAAUCUCGAUAUAUCGAAAUGUUGGGGUCUUGAGAGUCUCCCGCAUUUUAUACCAGAUUGGAUUUCACUUGCAACAGAACCCAUUUUUUUCCGAUUCCAAGGCACUAGGCUCAAGUUUGAAAUAACGGCACUGGGGCCUUUCGAAAAUCUCUGCAUCGAGGGGAACAUAAAGAUUAGGUUGGAGCAGCUAGUAGGAGAUGCAGAGCACUUAUCUUACAUUUCUAAGCAACAGACAACAUUUGAACUGAGGCUGAUGCGACCAUCGAAUUGGCCUGAGUCACAUAUUUCUGGUAAAACACUCCACAUCAACCGAUCCUACUACAACAUCCGUGGGUAUCGCUUCAGGUGUGUUAGCUUCUCAGAUUUCUCCUGCUUGGCGGAGUUGAAACUCAUCAACUUGAACAUCCAGAAAAUCCCAGAUGACAUCGACCUAUUGCAUUCACUAGAGAAACUGGACCUCAGUGGAAAUGAUUUCACGCAUUUGCCCACAACUUUACGUAGCCUUGGAAACUUAAACGAUCUCAUUCUAUGCAACUGCAGCGAACUCGAGGAACUGCCGAGCCUGCCGAGACAGUUGCAGAGGCUCAAACUUUCUGACUGUACAAACCUCCAGUCAUUGCCUGCACACGAGGAAAGCUCCCAGUUGCUUGAGCUCCAUCUUGACGACUGCAAGAGUGUACAAUCAUUGACACAUAGUCUUGGUCAGUUCACCAAUUUAAUGCUCCUGGACCUCAGUGGGCAUGAGUUUCAGACAAUCCCAACAAGCAUCACAGACCUUUUAACGCUAGGAACUCUCUGCCUCAACAACUGCAACAAACUCGAAUCUCUCGAAGAGCUUCCACUGAGUCUUAACCAUCUAAAUGCACACAGCUGCAGUUCUUUGGAAACCGUUUUAUUACCCCUGAAUCAUUCUAUGAAACACCUUGACCUUAGCCAUUGCGCUCAACUGAAACAGUGUGAAGAGGUGAUCACUCAGUUUCUGAAAGGGGGAAAACAUGAAGAGGUACUGCUGCGUUUCGCUUGCAUACCGGGAACUGCAAUUCCUAGCUACUUCGAUAACCAAUCUUUGGGAGCAUCUACUCAACUUUCCUUCAACGAUGUGGGUUUCACUGCGUGUAUCAUGGUUGCCUGCAGUAGACCCUACUAUCUUCAGUUUUUAGAGUCUUCUUAUACUUGGAACUGGGAAGCUGGUGGGGUGUUUCGGAUUAACCUCAGACCAAACAUCUAUCGUUCACACGGGAUGGAGGAAGAAGAGGCUGUUACAGAGCACUACUUGGUUAUCAUCCAUGUCUUAUGUAGCAAAAACAGUGACCAAGUUGCCAAUUUACUAUUCAAUUCCGCUCUUCAACUUCCACGGAUCCCAAUUGCGGAGAUAAAAGCAUGUGGGGUUCGCAUAGACAACCCCAACUAAAUAUUUGACAAGAAAGUUGCAUACACAAAGAGACCAGUUCAUAGUUAAAAAUGUAAAACCAUACAUCAGAACAAUGGAUAAACCCAUUUGAUUUUUAUUAAAUCAUCUUCAUCGAA